AUGAAGAAGUUCAUCAACUCGCAGCAGUGCAAGUGGAAGCACAAGGUGCAGAGGAAGCACAAGGUGGACAACUGGCAGACGCAGGCAGCAGCGCAGGAAGAGGAGAAGAGCGCCUCUUGUGCUGCUGCCGUGGCUGAGCAGGUGAGAGCAGCAGGGGCAGAGAGCCAGGCAGCUGCCCCACGCAGCCCCAGAGGCCGCGGCGGCGCUGUGCUGGGCACCCUGCAGCGCGUGGCACGCGCCGCCCGCAGCAGGCUCGCGGUUCUGAUCAGGCCACGUGGCCAGAAGCCGGAGCCACAGAGGGAGGUGGAACAAGGUAGGGAGGCAGCCAGAGCAGGAACAUCCGCAGCAGCAGGGUCAGAGAGGCAGGACUCUGCCCUGCAAAGCCCCUGCUGUCCCCCCAGCCCCUUCCCAAGCCAUCUGGAAGCCCUCAGUGGGCAGUGGGCCGGAGCAGCAGCGGGGGCAGCGCUGCCAGUGGCUGAGAGGGAGGACGAGGCCUGCUGCGAGGACGAGAGCCUCUGGGAUAUCUCCAGCCUCCUCCAGCUGUCAACAGGGGAUGAAAACACAGAGGAAAGCUGGAGUAGUGGGCAGGAAUGUAGUUCAGUGUCCCUGCCACGCCAGGCCUGGGCAGAGCCCGGGAGCUCUCAAGCAGGUGCAACCACAGGCCAUGGCCCAGGGCUCAGUCUUACAGGCUCUUACACCAGGGCAAAGACCCCCACCCCGGACGGCUUUCCAGACCGCUGCGCCCUCAGCCCCUUGCCAAGUGACCUGGAAGCUCUCAGUGGCCAGUGGGCAGGGACAGCAGCCGAGGCCGUCGUGCCAGUGGCACCGACCGAGGAUGGGGCCCGCUGCGAGGAGCUCUCAGACGUCUGCAGCCUCCUAGAGCUGCCCCGAGAAGAACGCAGCGGAGACCAAAGGUGCAGGAGGAGAGAAAAGAGGCUCCCCGUGCCCAUGCCACGGGAGGCAUGGUCAGAGCCCUGGGGCCUUCAAGCGCUCACACCCAGAGCCCAUGCCCCAGUUCGUGGCAGCAGCAGCCCUUACAUCAGGCCACAGGCCCCGAGCCCGGACGCCUGCCCCCCCAGCCCCUCGCCAAGCCAGCUGUCAGCUCCCAGUGGGCAGCGGGCAGGGCUCCCGGACGUCUCCGGGGAGUCCCGAGGGCAAGAAAAGGCAGACCCACCGCUGUCCCAGCAAGAAGACAGCCACGACGAGGAGCUGUCAGAGAAGAAGGGGGACGGCGUCAAAAUAUACACCAUCUGGGUCAAGCCCUCCCUCAUCCCGGUGCUGCUGGAGCCUCAGCCUGCCGGUCAGGAAGGGCCCAAAUGUCCCUGCGUCAUCUGCGCAGAGGCGGCCCAAGAGGCAGUCGGGGCCACGCGCGGCACAUCUCCUGCCCCGGCGGGUCCCAGGCACAGCCGGCCAACAGUUGCUGCCCCGCAGCGCCCCACAGGCUGCUGCCCCGCCGUGCUGGACACGCUGCAGCGCAUGGCACGUGCCACCCUGAGCCGGAUCGCAGCUGUGAUCCGCCCACGGGGGCAGCAGCCGGGGGAACAGCGGCACCCGGCUCAAGGCAUGGAUUCAGCCAUGCUGGCAACAGCCCCAGCAGCAGGGCCAGAGAGCCAGGCAGCUGCCCUGCACAGCCCCUGCCGCCCCCCCAGCCCCUGGCCCAGCCAGCUGGAACCUCGCAGGGGGCAGGGGGCAGGGGCAGCAGCAGAGACGGUCCUGCCCCUGCCACAGAGCCAGGAGGGGGCCUGCUCGGAGGAUGAGAGUCUCUGGGACAUCUCCAGCCUCUUAGAGCGCUGCCAAGGCCCAGAAAACACACCCCAAAGCUGGAGCAGUGGCAGAGCAAGUAGCUCUGGCUCCCUCCCAUCUGAGGCAUGGUCGGAGCCCUGGCACUCUUCAUCGGCCACCUCCACCUCCACCUCCACGGACUGAGCUGCUGGGGGCAGUCUGGCACGUGGCCUUACCACCUGCAGCUGCACUUGAAGGAAGAAGGCCUUUUUCCAACUAGACAAAGCCCAAAGACCUUCAGGGAACUGCAGGCCGUCAGGGGGCCGCUUGCUGAGAGGACGACUUGCUGGCGUGGGACAGACAGUCUUUGGAGCGUUGGCAAGUCAAGCCCUCACCUCCAGCUCUCUCAGCACGGCGGCCCUCUCUCUUCAGGGAGGCACUCCGGGCUCUGCGCAGGGCGUUCCGCUGGCCCUGCCUGGCGGGAGGGGAUGGCGGCUCCCAGGCUGUGGCGGUGACCGGACUGACAUCCACCUGAUGGCCGGUCACCAGUGGCGUGGCCCAGGGCUCUGUGGUGGGGCCAGUCCUGCUGGUCUCUUGCCUUGGAUUGCCCUUUGCCCAGUCAUCCAGGACUUCACCUGACUGCCACCAUUUUUCCAAAACCAUGGGCAGUGGACUAGCCACUUCGUCUGCCAGCUCCCUCAGGACCUGGGGAUGAACCUCAGCGGGUCCCUUGUGCGCAUUCAGGUGCCUUACACGCUCUCCAACCUGAUCCUCUGCUGCAGGGGACUUAGGCUCUUCUUCUGCCAGUCCCUGCCUUUGCCUUUCUCCACUUGGGCGGCGUGGCUGGAGCACUUGCUGUCCAAGGCUGAAGCACAGAAGACAUCGACAGCCUCAGCCUUCUCUUUGUGCCGGACAGCCACGGC